GCAACGCAGCUGCCGAAUCUCAUCGUGACCGGCCGAGGAACCCUGAUUCGCGUCUCUCUCCAAUUCGAUUCCUUCUUCCAAGGAUCCCGAAAGGUUCAAUCCCCUUUGAAAUAUCGUAAUCUGGCUUUUUAGAAUCACCCCGACUCGUCAAUCCUAUUCAUCUCGAUCGUAAUCGAACGUUUUCUCCCUUUUCCCGAUUGGAUUUUGGUGUUUCCUCCGUCCGAUUCGGGGGAAUUGAAUCGCCCCGGAUCGUUUCUUGAUUGGGUUUUUGAGUAUGGGACCGUGUUGGUGAUUAUGGAAACGCUGGUUGAUAAGCAUAGCAGAGUGUAAAAGGAUGCCGAGUUUAGCGCAGAGGAAUGAUCACUACUCUUUUGGUUUCUGGUCCAAGGACGGCGAUGGCAUCAGCUACAAUCAGCUGCAUAAGUUCUGGAGCGAGCUUCCGCUGAGAGCUAGGCAAGAGCUCCUAAGGAUCGACAAGCAGAUGCUGUUCGAACAAGCUCGCAAGAACAUGUAUUGUUCUAGAUGCAAUGGUCUGCUGCUUGAAGGGUUCUUGCAGAUUGUUAUGUAUGGAAAAUCCUUGCAACCGGAGGGAUCAAUAGGGAAUCCUUAUUGCAACAGAUCAGGAGCAUCAAAUGAUAUCAAUGACUCUAUCCCAGUUGUCAGGAAUGGAUGUGCCGAUGAGAUGCAAGAUCCUUCUGUUCAUCCUUGGGGAGGUCUCACCACAACGCGUGACGGGUCACUCACACUUCUUGACUGUUAUUUGUAUGCAAAGUCCCUCAAAGGACUCCAAAAUGUGUUUGACAGUGCACGGGAACGAGAAAGGGAACGUGAACUGCUCUAUCCUGAUGCUUGUGGUGGUGGAGGUCGGGGAUGGAUAAGUCAAGGAAUGGCUAGCUAUGGAAGGGGGCACGGAACAAGAGAAACAUGUGCUCUACAUACUACAAGGCUCUCAUGUGAUACAUUGGUGGAUUUUUGGUCUGCACUUGGAGAGGAAACUCGGCAAUCUCUUUUGAGGAUGAAAGAAGAGGAUUUCGUUGAGAGGCUAAUGUACAGAUUCGAUAGCAAGCGGUUUUGUAGAGACUGCAGAAGAAAUGUUAUUCGUGAGUUUAAAGAACUCAAGGAACUGAAACGAACGCGAAGAGAACCUCGAUGUACCACCUGGUUUUGUGUUGCUGAUACAGCUUUCCAUUACGAGGUAUCCAUUGAUUCAGUCCAAGCAGAUUGGCGCCAAAAUUUUACUGAGACUUCUGGAAUAUACCAUCACUUUGAGUGGGCAAUUGGAACGGGUGAAGGCAAAUCUGACAUCCUCGAAUUUGAAAAUGUUGGCCUGAAUGGAAGUGUACAAGUCAAGGGCCUGGACCUUCGUGAUUUAAACGCAUGCUACAUCACCCUUAGGGCUUUUAAAUUAGAUGGUCGUUGCUCUGAGAUAUCCGUAAAAGCCCAAGCAUUGAAUGGCCAACAAUGCGUGCACUGCAGGCUUGCGGUUGGGGAUGGGUUUGUCUCAAUUAAGAGAGGGGAAAGCAUUAGAAAGUUUUUUGAACAUGCCGAAGAGGCUGAGGAAGAAGAGGAUGAAGAUUUGAUGGACAAGGAUGGGAAUGAGCUCGAUGGGGAAUGCUCUCGUCCGCAAAAGCAUGCAAAGAGUCCCGAACUCGCUCGGGAGUUUCUUCUAGAUGCUGCAACAGUUAUUUUCAAGGAACAGGUGGAAAAGGCAUUUAGGGAAGGAACAGCCCGUCAAAAUGCACACAGCAUCUUUGUUGGUCUUGCGCUGAAACUAUUAGAGCAACGUGUUCAUGUUGCCUGCAAGGAAAUUAUCACCUUGGAGAAGCAGAUGAAACUUCUCGAGGAAGAAGAGAAGGAAAAGCGUGAAGAAGAGGAGCGGAAGGAGAGGAAAAGAGCAAAAGAAAGGGAGAAAAAACUUCGUAGAAAGGAAAGGUUGAAAGAAAAAGAGAGAGGUAAAGGGAAGAAGAAUCCCGAAACUAAUGAUAAAGCAAUGCUGCCAGAUGCGCCACACGAAGAAGGUUCACCAAACCUUGAUGAGGAGACGAACAAUAGCACAAGCUGCAAGGAAUCAAUAAAUGAAACCGACGAUGUAGAUUUGUCUCCACCUGGUUUUUCUGAUGAUCAAGAUGAACAGUGCUUUGAUAGUUGUCCUUCACCAAAUGCGGAAAACCAAUGUUAUGACGCCCCUGAUGGAGAACUUAUAAAUGUUGAAGAUGAGAAUGGAUGCUCUACAAAUGAUCAGCCGGAAUCUGUUCAUCUGAAAGCGAAGUUUCGGAAAGAACUUCAACCUGAUCAUGCCAUGGGGUGGUCAGAUAAACACAGAUGUUCCCAAAAUGCUUCUUUUGUCAGUAGAUCGGAGGUUAGAUACCAUAAUGAUAGAUUAGAGGCGCCUUCAAGAUGCUUCAAUGGGUCAAAUAGACAGCUGAGAGUGAACAUUUCAAAAGGCAGCAGUCCAAAUGGCAUAAAGUGCAACGGGAAGUUCCAAUGUCCUAACAACAGGACAGGUGAGAGGUAUGAUUCUCAUUCUUGCAGUUGCAAACAAAAUAAAGAAUACCGGGCAAAGAUAGAGCCUAAUGUCUUUGCAACCAGAUGCAUGCAAGAAGCCCAACCCCUAUUCAAAUCAAACUAUGUUCCAGAUGCCUCCCAGCCAGCAUACUGGAGCAAUAGGUAUGCUAAAACAGACUAUGCACGUGAGUUAAGACCCAAAAGCAGAGCAACCCUCAGUCAGAAUCCUUCUACGAGGGAUCCACUGAAUUCAAAAAAGGUUUGGGAGCCCAUCGAGCCGAAGAGGUAUCCACGGAGCAAUCCAGACUCAGAAGUGACAUUAAGAUCUUCAACAUUCAAGGCUGAAGAGAUUGAACAUGGUAGUGCUGCCUUAAAGUUGUCUCCAAAUAAGGCUACAGAAAAGUUGGCUAAUGGCAAUCACAGGGACAACGGCCGGGAAUCUGGAGAUUGUAUCGAUUCAACAGAGGAAGACAGUCAGGUUGAAGUUAAUGUGCAAGAAAAGAAUGCCUGGCUCUUGAAAGACAGUAUGAUGAGUAGUACUUCCAAUUCAGACAACUGCUCCUCGUGCCUUAGUGAGGGAGACAGCCAUACCGCUUCUUCAAACAGUGGAAACACAGAAUCAUCCUCAACAUCUGACUCCGAAUAUGCUAGUCACCAUUCUGAAGAAAGUGGAAACUCAGCAGAUGCUCAGAACGAUGUCCUGAACUGUCGCGGAAAGGUAGCAGACGUUUCGGGAUAUCGGAAUUUGUCUGGCCUUCCACCGGACAGUGGAGGAAGUAAAUCCUCUGAGGUUCCUUUUACGGUACCUGGCUGCAACAUGGAUAAUAUGGUAGCUGGUAUUGAUAUGGGUUCUCAACCACAGGACAUGUUUCCAGAAUUGCUUAACCACAAUCUACAGUUUCCGGUUUUCCAGGCUCCUUACCAUCAAGUUCCAGUUUCAUGGCCAGCAGCUCCAGCCAAUGGAUUAAUGGCGUUCCCGCCUCCUAACGAUUAUCUAUACGCUGAUUCACUUGGGUAUGGUCUGAACGGAGAUUCCCGGUUAUGCAUGCGGUAUGGUGGCACAUUGAAUCAUUCAGCCACUCCUCCUUUCUUCGAUGCUGGACCUGUUCCAGUUUUCCAUCCAUUUUCCAAAGCCAACGGCGAGGAGCAAGCUGAAAUUCUCGAGCUAUUGGGAAACAAAUCAAAGGAAGAAGAUGGAGGGAAAGGCUGUCAUAGACCUCCAAUGGAGUCUCCAAACGCUGGUGGCGACAAUAGCUUUUCCUUGUUCCAUUUCGAAGGGCCAAUAGCUUUUGCUGCAGGUUGCAAAUUGGAUUCUGCCCGCUCCAAGGAAGGGUUUUCAGGGGAUUUUUCAUUACGGUUUUCGGGAGAUCAUGAAUGGAGUGAUCUCGCUUGCAAUAACAAAAAUAAAGAGGGUACAGUGGAAGAGCAUAACUUGUUUGCGGCGACCAACGGCUUGAGAUAUUCGUUAUUCUGAAAUGCUUUUGCAUUGGCUGGCUGUUGGGUUGUUUUGCUAUAUGGAGUGUGUGAGUCCUUUUUUUUUUACUUUGUAAUCCCGAACACAAUAAUGUCUUUUCGCUCUUGUCGGAUUUGUAUCCGGUCUGCCUCAUUGUUUCAUUUGAUGUUUAGAUCGAGUAAAGAGUUGCAAGAGUUUUAGUGUU